UAACAAAUGUGAUUAUUGUGGAUUCUGUCACCAUGAGCCUUAAGACACAACUCAAGGUAGCUAAGGGUAAUUUUAACCAAAUAUAAUUUGCAUUUACUAUUCCUUUAAAAACUCCCAGUUAUGACCCCACCCAGUAGGUGGCCGUAAUACACGAUUUUGGUGUAGUUCGCCGACAAAAACCUCAAAGAAGAAGACGUAAAACCGAAGUGAGCCGUGACCAAAAACUAUUUCCACGUUUGCGAUUUUGUCAUUUAGACGUUUUAUUAACACCCUGGAACUCAAAAUAUUAUUAAUUUAUCUACACAGCAUCGCACACUUACCCCCAGGUAUUAUUUAAUUCGCAUUGGAGACAGGACUUGGUUGAUAGACGUUAUCUAGGUAACGCUAGCUAGUUGCGAAAGUUACCUAACGAUGGCUGUGGUUUUUCACACUCAAAUAGCCUCCAUUAUGGAGGUGCUAGCGAAUGCAGCCGUGGCAGAGAUUUGUAAACUCGUAGACGACGACUAUGCAGUGUUUCGUUUGGAAGUAACUCAAAGCCAGAAAGAAAAUGGGGCAUUACGGAGGAAACUACAGUUACUGGAACUGAAGAAGGUGGCGCGAGAGCGCGCAGAAAGGACAAUGCGAGAGCGCGUCCUCGCCAGUCGUCCCAGUAGUGUCAAGAUCCUCGACCGAUACAGAGGAUUGACAAGAGGCCACGUGAGCUUUGUGAAGCCAGGAGGACACAAUACAUGGAGAGAUGACCAACCAAUCACUGUUGAUGAGGGGAGUGGAACCUCAACCCAGCAUGUUAUUGUGAUAGAGUCUGCAGAUGCUGCUGGUCCUGGGGUCAAGCAGGAGAGUUCUGAAGGAGAGGAUGACCCAUGGCACAUCCAAACUGGAGUGCCUCCUGUAGCCAUGGAGGACCCCAUCACUGCCCCAGCGGCACCCAGGACCCGACGCAGCAUCACGGAGGUUGGUGGAACACUGAAUGCCACCCUCAAGUCAGAGACAGACACCAAGAAUUUAACGGGUCUGGGGCGAUUGGGCUGUCCUCCUGCUCUCCGCUCAGAAUAUUUACUUGAUGGUAACCCAAGCACGAGGAUGGAUCUGUCCCAUCAGGACUUAGGUGACACAUUACAGACUGGCAAUGAUCCGUCCUGUUCAUACGCUACAGAGAUGAUACCUGGUGACAUGCCAGUCAUCUUAGAUACACAGACUAAUCCAAUGAGAGGGGACUGGAACCGGUACAGUAGUAGUGUAUACCCUGAAGGGUGCCUAGAUAAGAAAGGGGAGGUUAUAGUGAUAGAUGAGGUGACUGUGAAAGUGGAGGGUGCUGCUCCUCUGACAUGGAAUGCAGACAAGACUCACUUAGGAGAAGGCCACUCACAGGGCAACACCAGUGACUUCUUAGACUGCAGGGAAAGCUUAGAGACAAAUCUAACUGUUGCAACCCACUCCCCUUUACACACGCUCAGGGAUCACGACCCACUGUCCACGCCGAUGUCACCUUCCGAUUCACAAUACCUUUUCGAUCAGGUAUUGAACUCAAACAACAGGGCUAGAGUCCAGGCUCGGGGAGGGGGAGCCACAUCAGGCAAUAGCAAAGAGAAACGGUUCCUCUGCAUGUUCUGUAACAAAGGCUUCAGCAGCUCCCAGAAGGUGGAGAUCCACCAGAGGGUCCACACAGGGGAGAAACCAUACAGCUGUACCCAGUGUCAUAUGCGCUUCACCCAGGCUGGUGACCUGAAGAGGCACCAGAGGGUCCACACAGGGGUGAAACCCUUUAGCUGUACCCAGUGUCACAUGAGCUUCACCCAGGCUGGCAACCUGAAGAGGCACCAGAGGGUCCACACAGGGGAGAAAUCCUACAGCAACCCUCAAGUGUGAGAAGAGGUUCUCCCACCAGCACCAACUGAACAUGCACUUAAGUCCACACGGGGGAAAGGCCAUUUGCCUGUAUGCACUACGGGAAGGGGUACUCCGAGGAUACACCAGCAGAAAAAACAUUCCACAGAUUGACCUAGAAAUGAACCAUUCCACUUGAUAGCUUCUGACGUUUAGAUCAAACCAUGCAUUAAAGACAAAGAUAAUUGGUGUCAGCAGAAAAGCUCCACAUAUGCAUUUGGAAUAACAGAUUUCAGUGUUGAAUACUUCUGGGUAGAACAUUGCAUCCAGACAUGAUAUAAGCCUAAAAAGUUGGUUUCAUGGUGUUUGUACUGUGUAGGAUAUGAUGUUCAACUACCUAAUGUUUUUCCCAAGACACUUUUAAUGAGAAAAUGAAUGCAGUUUAUCAAGUUCAUUCAGAUUUUUAGUUGAGCCAUAUGUGUGGUUUUAUAUGGUGUAUUUAAAAUGUAUGUUUAAUAAUCA